GAUGAACAUACAUUAAUAAUAUCUAUUCACUCAAUGAAUAAGAUAAAUUUGAGAUCUCUUUGUUUUGAUUUCUUUAUUAGUCUUCAUCUCUCUAUUAAAACCCCCUUGAACAGUAACCACAAGCAUGGCAGAAAGCGAGGCUAGAGUAAACUUGUUGACAUCCGACAAUGAACAAUUCACAGUAGACAAAGAUAUCGCAGAGAGAUCUGUGCUUAUUAAGAAUAUGCUUGAAGAUAUUGGAGAGAGUGAUCACCCAAUCCCACUCCCAAAUGUCACAUCUAACGUAUUUAAGAAGGUUUUGGAGUACUGUGACCACCAUCGUAAAGAUCCAUUACCAUCCUCAGACGAGAGUGCAGACGACUCCCGUAAGCGUACGACGGAUAUUAACGAAUGGGACCAGAAGUUUAUUCAAGUUGACCAAGAGAUGCUCUUUGAAAUUAUUUUAGCAGCAAACUAUCUUGACAUUAAGCCACUUUUGGACGUCGGCUGCAAAACUGUCGCUAACAUGAUUAAAGGCAAAACACCUGAAGAAAUCCGUAAGCUUUUCAAUAUCCAAAAUGACUUCACCCCUGAAGAGGAAGCACAAAUCCGUAAAGAGAAUGAAUGGGCUGAAGAUCGUUAAAUAGCUAAUUAGCGUAUAUAAAUCCAACUGCUGUAUUCUUACAAUGAUUUCUUAUGUAUUCACGCAUAUUUCUUGCUUUCACUCUUUCA